AUGCAACUGUGCUAUGAAUCCGUAAAUGGCUCUUGCAUAAGGAGCAGCUGGUCAAACAGUAUCCGUGUUUCCAUGUAUAUCUUCAUGGUUUGCAUCAUUCUGGCCACAGUGGCUGGAAAUCUGACAGUUAUCAUCUCAAUAUCACAUUUUAAGCAGCUCCAUACGCCUACCAAUUUCCUGAUACUUUCUAUGGCUACAGUAGACUUUUUGCUGGGAUUCCUCAUCAUGCCUUGCAGCAUGGUGCGCUCUGUUGAACACUGCUGGUAUUUUGGGGAGCUCUUCUGCAAGAUCCACACGAGCACGGAUAUUAUGCUGAGCACGGCUUCCAUCUUUCAUCUUUCCUUCAUAUCCAUCGACCGUUACUAUGCUGUGUGUGACCCUCUAAGAUACAAAUCAAAGAUAAACACUUUUGUUAUCCUGGUCAUGAUAUUUGUAAGUUGGAUGGUCCCUGCUGCUUUUGCUUUUGGAAUGAUCUUUCUAGGCCUCAAUUUGCAAGGGGCAGAAGACAUUUAUCAUCACAUACACUGUGCAGGAGGAUGCGUUGUCAUUUUUAGUGAAACUUCAGGUGUUGUGGCCUCCAUAGUGUCUUUUUACAUCCCUGGAUUUGUUAUGCUGUACAUCUAUAGGAAAAUAUAUUCUAUAGCCAAGAGGCAGGCAAGAUCCAUUGAUGCAAUGAGCCAAAAAAAGACGCAAUUUGAAAUGAAGCACCACAUUUCAUUCUGCAGAGAAAGGAAAGCUGCCAAGACAUUAGGCAUAAUAAUGGGAGUGUUUCUCAUUUGCUGGAGUCCAUUCUUCUUCUUUACAGCAACCAAUCCAUUUAUGAAUUAUGUGAUACCUCCUGUUCUCAUUGAUGCUUUGGUUUGGUUUGGUUAUUUAAAUUCUACAUUUAACCCAAUUGUUUAUGCAUUUUUUUACAUGUGGUUUCGCAAGGCAUUAAAGAUGAUUCUGUUUGGAAAUGUUUUUCAGCAGGACUCUUCCAGGACUCAUUUGUUUUCAGAGUAA